AUGCCGGGAGGUGGAGGACCAGUAGGCGCCGGAGGAGUCGAUAUGGGUGGCGGACCCGGAGGAGGUAACAGACGGAGGAUGCAGCAACAGCCGACGUACGCGCAAUACCAGCAACAGCAAUACCAACAGCACAUGCCCAUGUAUCCGAACUACAUGAACCCCUACGCCGCGGCGCCUUACUACCACCAGCUGCCACACCAAUACCAGAAUGGUGGUAUUCCCUCUGGCUACAUGCACUACCAGCAACAGCAGCAGCCCUAUGUUCGGUCACCACAGGCGAUGCCUCAGUACGUUCCCAUGGCUGGCGUCAGCGUUCUUCAGCCCUACACCCAACCGCCUCAGCCGUCUCCUGCUCUUUCAACGCCUUACCAACCGCCUCCUGUUCCUACUGCCAUGCCUGUUCAGUCGCCGCCCCCGCCGCCUCCUCCGCCUCAGCCUAUUGAGCCGACUCCUGAGCCUCCCGUCAUCACGCCUCCCGUCGUAGCCUCCUCGGUCGUUUCUUCUUCAGCCGUCACGCCUUUCGCCGAGCCGUUCUAUGCUUCAGUAACUGCAACCCCUGCACCCGUCUCCGUCCCGCAGAGUCCAGAGCUUCCCAAACAGAAUAAGGAUUUCCGGGCACCACUUCCGUGGACACCACCGGGCCAGACUCCUUUCCCAAGGAGAGCUCCCAAGUCAAGACGGCGGAGAAGAUUGAUGAGCGCAAACGCGCAAGAUCUGACACUGCCUGUGGAGCAACACGAGGGCGCUUUGGAGUCUAACGCUACCGCCGGUGAACUAUCCGCCAAAGCGGGCGCGACGGAGGCGCGCGAUGCGAUAGAUUGCUCAGCACCGAAGGCCGAUUCCAAAAAGACGGUCUUUUGGAACCCCAAAGACACCGAGUCGGAGAGCGCAACUCUUAGGGCUGACUCCUUGGCGUCCGAAACUCCUAAGGAGAGUGACAGAUCGGCGACCAGUGUGUCAAACGCAGGCAGCCCCAAGGGUAAUGCGUCCGAGACUUCCAGCGCGAGACCCACGACGAGCUCCUCCAACAUUUCCGCCUCUCGUCCUGCUGUUCCCGUUAUCCCUGUCAUUCCCGUUCUCCCCAAGAGCAGCCCCAAGGAAAGCAAGCCCAGUGAAGAGCCGAAGCAGCCCGUCGCCCAAGAGGUAAAGUCCGCGGAGACGGCCGAGGCGAGGGAUACUACUGCUGGUGGGCAGGAGAAAGCCGAUACCCAACCAGCAGCUCCUGUCAAGGCGGCCCCAAAGACGUGGAGCGGUCUCUUCUCUGCUGCAGCUGCGGCUGCUGCCAAGGCUCAGCCCAAUGCCAACGGCUCUGGUGCUCCGGCGGCAACCAACGGUGCUUCUAUCAAUGGAGACGGUUCGGUCAACGGUAGUGCUUCCAGCUUUUCUGCAGGAAAUGCCAACUCCUUGGUCGCUGCUAUCCAGGACUUCCGCGUUAGUAACCCGGCCAAGGUCCAGUUCAUCGAGCCGAGAGGCCUGAUCAACACCGGCAACAUGUGUUAUAUGAAUUCAGUUUUGCAAGUUCUUCUCUUCUGUGCACCUUUCUACAACUUUUUGGAUCAGGUCAGCAAGAGGGCCGUUCACAAGUUCAAGAGCGACACGCCCGUCAUCGACGCCAUGAUUAUGUUCAUGAGGGAAUUCCGGGUCAUAGACGCCACCGAUUCAGUGGAGAAACUUCGCCGCAAACUCAAGAGUGAGCAGCUGGAGCAGUAUGGAGAAUCGUUCAUCCCGGAGUUUGUCUACAAGGCCAUUCAGCCUCUCCCAGCGUUUGCGAGCAUGAGACGUGGUCACCAGCAAGAUGCUCAAGAGUUCCUCGGACUGAUUCUGAACGCCAUCGACGAGGAGUGCGCCCAGGUCAUAUCUGCGGGUGGCGUCGCAAACGGACUCGCCGAAGCAAGGCCGGCAUCAUCUGCUGCCAGCGUUGUCGAGUCCAAUGACGGCGCGGACGGAUGGUUCGAAGUUGGAUCUAGACAGCGAGCCGUCGAAACUCGCUCUUCUGGGGCCAGUUCGACGACGCCCAUCACUCGACUGUUCAGUGGGCAGUACCGGUCAGAGCUUCGUCGCCCUGGCGUCAAGGACUCCGUCACCACGGAGCCUUUCCAGUCGCUGCAGCUGGACAUCGGCGCUCCUCACAUUCACAACGUUGUGGAUGCCAUCAAGGGCCUGACUGUGCCAGAGAGACUUCAAGGCGAUGCUGCACCUAUGACGAAGCAAACGCUAAUCGAGACACUGCCGCCGAUUCUCAUCCUCCACCUCAAGCGCUUCAAGUUCGACACUGAGGGAACCACGAAGAUCGGAAAGAAGGUUGGCUACCCGCUCGACUUGCAGCUUCCUGCGGAGGUGCUCUCGAAAAGACGACGCAAUGCGCUUGUUGCUGAGGGUGCGCCUAUGCCCAAGUACAGGCUCAUCGGUGUCGUCUACCACCACGGUAAGCAAGCCAACGGCGGCCACUACACGGUGGAUGUGCGACGGCAAGACGAUAACGAGUGGAUCCGGCUGGAUGAUACGGUCAUUCGACGAGUUCGCAGCGAAGACGUGGCCGAAGCAGGCACUGAGGAAGAUGUCAAGGAGGCUGGCCGAUCCGGCCCUGCGUCCCGGGACGCCUCGACCAACCGGUUCGGUGCCAUGGCCGACGAGGACGAGGGAGAGGGCUGGAAGGAGGUCACGACCUCGGCCAAAGGCGGAGACAAGAGCGGCGAGAAGAAAUGGAGCGCGGUUGCCAAUGGCAACGGUUCUGCCCUCAAGGGUAAGGCCGUCAAGGACAACAUCAAGGACAACAAGGUCGCCUACCUGCUAUUCUACCAACGAAUCUGA